CGUUGUUGCGCCCACGGUAUUUAGGUGUUCAACAUUCCUUUCUGUUAGGUCAACCAAGGUUGUUGGUGUUGGAAUUCCGGUAAGGUAUUUGCUCUCCGGGCAAAGACGAUAACACCCAGUCGCAGUCAGAGAAGUGGAGGAACCAUUCGAAACAUCCUCGUCCUAGCGUGUCUCUGGUAGCUAAUAGCCCAACGAACGAUACUCCCCGUAUAAAAGUUCACAAAUCUGACUGUCGACACCAGUAAAUUACGUCUACAAAGAUUUUUUUGUCGUCAUCACUCACCAUCGUUGCUCCGUUCCUCGCAGAUGACGUCUCGCCUGUUGCGUGCCGUCACGCUGUCGCCGCCGACUUGGCAACGUUCGUACCGCGUAGUUCGGCACUUUACGUCCAGCUCCGUGUAUGGGCAAAAGUCGAGUACUCCGGUCGAUGAUACCCCACCGCUCGGCGUUGCCUACAAUUCCUUGACGGUCGGUAUUCCCAAGGAAACCUACGCCUUGGAAAAGCGCGUCGCGGCGACCCCGGAAUCCGUGGCUCGUCUCGUUGCACCCGGAUUUUCUGUCGUUGUCGAGGAAGGAGCCGGCCGGAACUCCUUUUUUUCCAACGCGGACUACGAAGCCGCCGGGGCUAAAAUUGUACCCAAUAUUUGGACCGAAUCCGAUAUCGUUCUCAAGGUACGCCGAACGAAUCAAGCCACUCUGCUGGGCAACAAGACCUUGAUCAGCUUUGUGUAUCCCAAACAGAAUGAGGCCCUCGUCAAUCAGUUGGCCUCGCAACAGGCCACCGUCUUGGCCAUGGACUGCAUUCCUCGUACGCUUUCUCGUGGACAAACUUACGACGCUCUGUCGUCGCAAGCCAAUAUUUCUGGUUACCGGGCCGUCCUGGAAGCGUCCAACGAAUUUGGCCGUUUCUUUGCCGGUCAAAUGACGGCUGCGGGCAAAGUCCCACCCGCCAAAGUCCUCGUGAUUGGUACGGGUGUGGCUGGCCUCGCCGCUAUCCAAACGGCUAAAAACAUGGGAGCCGUCGUCCGAGCCUUUGAUGUCCGACCCGUAACCAAGGAACAAGUUGAGGCCAUGGGAGCGCAGUUUCUGGAAGUCGAUUACUCCGAAGACGGCAGUGCCGCCGGAGGCUACGCCAAGGAAAUGUCCAAGGAGUGGCACGCCGCGGCCCGCGCCAUGCUCACUAAACAAUGCGCCGACGUGGACAUUGUCAUUACCACGGCCCUCAUCCCCGGGCGACAAGCUCCGAUCAUGGUUACCAAGGAAAUGGUGGCUCAGAUGAAGAACGGAUCGGUCACAGUAGAUUUGGCCGCCGAAGCCGGGGGCAACGUAGAAACGACCGUGAAGGACAAAAAGUUUGUGACGGAAAAUGGAGUCACUUGCCUGGGUUACACUGACUUGCCGUCACGCUUGCCUACUACUUCGAGCUCGUUGUAUUCUAAUAAUAUCUCCAAGCUACUGCUCUCCGCUGGUCCGCAAACUACCAAAAAACCGGGAUUCUUUUACCUGGAUCACAACGAUGAUGCUGUACGCGGCAUGCUGGUCCUCGAAAAGGGCAAGAUGAUGUACCCAGCUCCCUUGCCGCCGGCUCCUGCUGCCCCCGCUAAGGAGAAAAAGGACGCGGCCCCGGUAGUAAUCGACUACAAGGCUCCUUUCCUGCAAGGAGCCAAGACAGCGGGAAUAUUAUCCACUUCCAUUCUGGCCUUUGGUGCAGUUGCACCGAAUCCGGCCUUUUCUAGUAUGUUCACGACGUUCGCCCUUUCCAACGUGAUUGGCGUGCAAGUGGUAAUGGGCGUAACCCACUCAUUACACAGUCCGCUAAUGGCCGUCACGAAUGCUAUUUCAGGUACAACCGCCCUGGGUGGUAUGCACUUGUACGCACACUCAACGAGUGUCGCUGCGACCUUGCUGGGGGCCGCCGCCACGACCUUGUCGACCGUCAAUAUUGUCGGUGGCUUUAUCGUCACAACGAAAAUGUUGGACAUGUUUAAGCGACCCGACGAUCCUCCGGAGUACUACCAUUUGUACGGGAUUCCAGCUGCGACAACGAUGGGUCUCUACGGAAUCGGUACAAUGACGGGAAAAUUCCCCGAGCUCGACGCAUCGGCCGCGACGUUGUCGGGACUCUUAUGUAUUGGGGGUAUUGCUGGAUUGGCGUCUCAGAAAACCGCUCGCUUGGGUGCCGUAUCGGGCCAAUCUGGUGUCGCCCUGGGUGUCGCAUCGACUAUGGGCCACCUGAAUCCUACGAUUGGUACGGCGGCAGGUAUUACUGCGCUCAUGGGCGUGGGGGCUGUGGCGGGUAAAUACAUUGGUGACCGUGUGGAACCAACCUCUUUGCCACAAACGGUUGCCGCCUUUCAUUCUCUUGUGGGCCUCGCGGCCAGUGCGGCAGCAGUGGGUGACUACUGGAACUGCCCGGAUACAACGCAGCUGGACGGUGUGCAUUUGGCGAGCAUCUACUUGGCGACUGUGAUUGGUUCGGUGACCGCCACCGGAUCUUUGGUGGCCUUUGGUAAGUUGGACGGCCGUCUGGGUUCGGCUCCCCUGAAGUUGGCACAACGUGACAAGAUCAAUGCCGGCUUGGGUGCGGCUACAUUGGGUGCAGGUGCUGUCGUCAUGGGUGCGCCGGAAGUUGGAACCGGAAUGGCCGCUUUGAGUAGUGCCCUGACGACCUCGGGAGUGCUUGGAUGGCAUAUGACUGCCAGCAUCGGAGGUGCCGAUAUGCCCGUGGUUAUCACUGUACUGAACUCGUACUCGGGAUGGGCGCUAUGCGCCGAAGGAUUUAUGUUGGAUAUGCCUAUUUUGACUACGGUGGGAGCCCUGAUUGGAUGCUCCGGUGCGGCACUCACCAAGAUUAUGUGCGACGCAAUGAACCGUGAUAUUUUGAGUGUCAUUUUGGGUGGAUACGGAACCAAGGCCACCGCUGGAGGAGAAGCCAUGCACUUUGAAGGUGAAGCCACGAUGACCAACGUGGACGACACCGUCCGCCUUUUGACCGAGUCUGAGAAGAUUAUCGUUGUCCCCGGGUACGGUUUGGCCGUGGCACACGCGCAGUACCCGCUUAAGGAAAUGGUGGACGUGUUGAUCAAGGCCGGCAAGAAAGUUCGAUUUGCGAUCCAUCCUGUUGCUGGACGAAUGCCUGGGCAACUCAACGUUUUGCUUGCCGAAGCUGGUGUUCCGUACGACAUCGUAGAAGAAAUGGAAGAAAUCAACGACGACUUCAAGGAUACUGACGUGACUCUGGUUAUUGGAGCCAACGAUACCGUAAACUCAGCUGCCGAAGAUGACCCCAAUUCUCAGAUUGCGGGAAUGCCGGUAUUACGCGUGUGGAAUUCGAAUCAAGUGAUUGUCAUGAAGCGCAGCCUUGCCGCUGGUUAUGCCGGUGUGGACAACCCGGUCUUCAUCAAAGACAACACGGACAUGCUUUUGGGUGACGCCAAGGACACGGUAGAAAAGUUGGCAGUCGGUGUGAAGACGUUCUAUGGAAAGUAAACGUAAACAUCGCUAUCUAUUGCCG